AUGUCAGUCGAGGUAACGGUCGACAAGAAGGGAUCUUCCACGAACCUUCGCAGCUCCGCGUCGUCCGCCACGUCAGCCGGAAAGAAGAGCUCCGCCGGCUCAGAUGCUCCAAAGAAGAGCUCCGCAGGUUCCGGCGCGAGUUCCGCUCCCAUCGUCUCCAAUUCGUCAGCCUCAGGAGGCGUCACAACGACCAACAGCAGCGGGCCUGGCGGCGGCGGCGCGGGCAGCGCAAAGAAGUUCAAACUAGCAGAGCUGAAGGCGGCGACGAACUCGUUCAGCAAGAAGGGCGUGCUGGGCGAGGGCAGCUUCGGGGAGGUGUAUCGGGGCACGCUGACGGACAAGGUGACGGGCGAGGUGACCAAGGUGGCUGUCAAAAUGCUCAACGCGGAGAGCUCCCAGGGCAUGGACGAGUGGCUGGCGGAAGUGCUGCUCUUGCCGAGCCUGAACCACCCGAACCUGGUGCGCCUGGUGGGGUACUGCGCGGAGAAGGGCGAGGCGCUGCUGGUGUACGAGCUCUGUGAAAACGGCAGCCUCGACGACAAGCUAUUCCCCUCGCGCAUGGAGGAGGUGUUUGACUGGAACUCGCGGCUGAAAGUGGUGCAAGGUACAGCGGGCGCGCUGGUGCAUCUGCACGAGCACAACGUCAUUCACCGCGACCUGAAACCGUCCAACAUCCUGCUGGGAGAUGGUAUGGAGGCGAAGCUAACAGACUUUGGGAUGGCGAAGCAGGCAGCAGAGGGGGUGAGCCAUGUGAGCACACGAGUCAUGGGCACUCUGGGCUACCUCGACCCCGCCUACAUGGAGACUGGCUGCCUUCGAGAAAAGAGUGACGUGUUCUCAUUUGGGGUCAUCCUGCUGCAGGUGCUGACAGGGAAGGACGCAGUGGAUGAUCGGAACAUCAAGCUGGCAACAGCCAUGCACAAGCACCUGCACCCCAACGUGGCGGACCCGGACAAAUGGAUCGACCCAAAGCUGCAGGGCAAGUACCCGCGGAAGGGCGCUCUCAUGAUGGCUGCGAUCGCCAAGCAGUGCAUUGCUGAUAAUGCCGAGGACAGGCCGGAAAUGAGCGACGUGGAGGAGUUUCUGAAUGACAUCCAGAUGAUGUAG